GCUGAUUCAAUGACCGUGAGCUGCGUGACAUGAGAAUAAGGCUAGGAUACAAACAUUUAAAAUGAGUUUGUCUGGUUUUGUGUGUUUUCUGAGACGCUCGUUGUUACAACUGGAAGGCCGGAUCGUACAGGCUACAGGGCUUGACAGACAGUUCGUCCCAGCAUUGGCUGUCCAUGGCCCGAACGCCCUUCCACAGACCCAAGAUGAGAGUGAAGAGACCACAGAACCCAGCUUCCUAGACCAUGUACUCUGGAUGGCUGCCCCAAAGAAGAGACGCACAAUUGAAAUCAAUAGGACAAGAAGAAGAUCGUCAGAAUUCAUGAUCAAAGUGAAGAACAACAUUGAGCCAUGUGUCGAGUGUGGCCACCUAAAGCAGAAGCACAUCCUGUGUGGAUUCUGUUACGAGAAGAUCAGGAAGGAGACUGCUAGGAUCCGAGGUCAGAUUCGCGCCAUGGAGGGUGGGCCUCUCAACACUCCAGCCCAGGAGACCGUGGUGCUGUAUGACAGCGAGAGUCCAGGGGAGGCCGACAAAAACAAGAGGAUAGUGGAGACGAGCAGAAAACGUCCAUCGUGGUUCAGUACCCACUGAGGUGGUUAUUGUCAGUGUGCAUAGUGUCUGGGAUCCUGUUCACACUCUCUCAAAAACCAAAACCAUCAUGUUUUUUUCCACAGUUAAACUGUCACAUAUCGUCAAACAAAAACUGUACCAGUGUUAAGAGAAUAAAUCUUUAUU